GUUUAUAAAUAAAGGUUGUUAAAAUGAAAAUAAAAACAAUAAAUUGGGAGAUGAAUAACGUGUCUCUCUAUCUACACUAGGGGGCGGUAACGAACGUUUCUAAGCGCAAUACUCCACGAAAAAAAAAAAGUAAACAAAGCUCACUUCCGGUACUCGUCAGUAGCAGCGGGUGACCACAGACUGUUGAAUUGUUUUGUUGUUUUGAAGCUUCUAUUUCAAUUUAUUUUGUUGUUUUGAAGCUUCUAUUUCAAGCUGCAGCGGCGAAAACAUGUCCGACGCCCUGCCAGUGUGGUUCGCAGUCCAGGCGGAGCUCCUGGGACACGAGGAAGAAGUGGACUCGCAGUCCAAGAGCUGCUUUGCUUGCUACGACGACGACACUUUGUUCGAGAUGUUCCAUUUAACGCGCGCUUGCAUCGAGUUCGUGGCGGACAUCGUGCGUGUCCGCAUGAAGCAAUACAUGCUCACGCCCUCCUCCGUGGACAUCAUGAUCAUGAUCACGCUCAAUUUCUUCGCUCUCGGCGCCUCCGCCGUCUCCCUCCUGAGGCGCUUCGACCUGAAGACGGACUGCCGGCAAAUUGUGUGGACGGUGUCCGAGGUGGUCGCCGGUAUGUCGGAUCAGUUCAUCUCCUUCCCGCAGACGCGCAAAGCCAAAGUGGACAUCGCGCACAUGGCGGAGGAGUUCUGCGGAAUCCCCGACGUCCUGGGCGUGCUGGCGCCCACUCACUUCCACAUCCGAACAUCCACGCAUGACAAGAACUGGUCGGAGUUGGUACGUCAGCAAUACGUCAACGCGCUGGGCUACAAGUCGGUGGUGAGCCAGAUGAUUUGUGACCUGGACGGCAACAUCCUGAGUGUGGAGAAGUGUUGCGUGGGCAGCACCAGCGACCAGGACUUGUGGUGCACCUCCUUUAGAGGGCGGGAGAUCGAGGAUGAACUCUAUGGACAAUACUGGGUGAUAGGAGGCGAAGGCUACCACUUGAGCAAACGCGUCCUGACUCCCGUGUCGGACCCCAAAAGCGACGCUCAGAUCCGCUUCAAUGAAGCCCACGCCAAGCUCCACAGCGUGACGCGGACAACGCUGCGAUCCCUCAAGUGGCGCUUCAGGUGCUUGACUAAACUCGGCUUCACGCUGGACAAGUUGACCAAUGUGGUCAAGGCUUGCUGCGUCUUGCACAACAUCGCCAAGAAGUUCUCGGUGCCCCUGCCGCCCGGGGAGGAGAAAUUUGAAGACCCUCAGCCGAGGAAUCCUUGCCAGGGGUCGGCGGCGGUGAUCAACCCCGACGGCUUGAGAGCUCGGCAGGAACUCAUCGAAUCGAGCUUCAGUACUGUACCCGGUCAAGGAGAACCAGAAUAACAUCCAGCAGGAGGACAAUGUUGGAUUUUCACACAAAAGGCCGACACUCACCAGACAUUCCAUUAGGUACACCUAAUCCAAUACAUUUAAUCCAUUGAACGCCCCCAUUUUAUUGUAUUUUAAAUAAGCAGUGGAAGUAUGGUGUUCAAAAUCUAGCCUUGAUGCUGGAAUGUAGAGCGUUUAAAAGUGCUUUUAGGUUUAUUUACAGGUCAUUGACUACAAAGAUGGAAACAAUAAGAAAAUAAGUAAACUAUUACCUAUACAUUGUACACAAUUUUUUAAAUGUAUAUUAUCUAAAAGAAGUAGUAGCAUAGCGUAAUCUACAACAGGAAUACACUUUCCAUAGAGAAACAUACUACAUUUUGGUGCAAAUCGAGAUAAAAGUGCUUUUCUUUUUGUUACCGUGACAAGUAUUCAGGAUUUUUUGGGGGGGCUAGUGGGAAAAUACAUGAAGGCCUUCUAAUUCAAACUUUCACCUGGAACUCUCAGCGUCUGUCAUUCUCAUAUAUCACAUGA